AUGGGGGAGCAAUCACAAGAACAGAGGAAAAUGGAGAAGCCAUACACUCCUUCCAUUUCAUAUCCUCAAAGGUUCAACAAGGAGCUAAAGGAUCAACAGUUCCUAAAGUUUUUAGAAGUUUUUAAGAAGCUAGAGAUCAACAUUCCACUUGCUGAAGCUCUAGAAAAAAUGCCUCUUGCUGUCAUCCAAAGAGGUCUUCCACCAAAGCUCAAAGAUCCAGGAAGCUUCAUCCUAUCUUGCACUAUAGACAACAGAACAUUGGACAAAGCUCUCUAUGACUUAGGAGCCAGCAUCAAUUUAAUGCCCCUCUCACUAAUGAAGAAGCUUGCAAUAGAGGAAGUUAAGCCUACCCGGAUGUCACUUCAAAUGGCUGACAGAUCACUCAAGAUACCAAAUGAAGUUGUAGAAAAUUUAUUGGUAAAGAUUGGAGAAUUCAUUUUUUCUGCUGACUUUGUUAUCUUGGACAUGGAAGAAAAGGGACACAGUUCAAUCAUAUUGGGACGGCCUUUCUUAGAAACAGCAAGCCAUCAUUGA